GCUUACAGGAAUUGCAUAUCUAAUUCUGGUGUUUGUGACCACAUGUUUGACAUCACUAGUCAUCAUCCUUGUAUGGCAUCAAAGUCCUAUAAUUGCUCUGGCAUUUGCUCUGUUCUUUGGUUCGAUAGAGAUUAUUUUCCUGUCAUCCUAUUGCACGAAAAUCCCCAGAGGUGGCUGGAUUCCACUUGUGCUUUCGGCGGUCUUCAUGUUUGUUAUGUACGUGUGGCAUUAUGGUUCUAGGAAAAAGUAUCUACUUGACAUGCAUGACAAAAUUUCGAUGAGGUCCAUCCUUGGAUUAGGUCCUAGUCUUGGGAUUGUUAGAGUUCCUGGAAUGGGCCUUAUUUACACUGAAUUGGCUACUGGAGUCCCUGCCAGUUUUUCUCAUUUCUUGACAAAUCUGCCAGCAUUCUACCAAGUGGUUGUUUUUGUUUGUGUGAAGACUGUACCGGUGCCUUGUGUGCCGCAUGAAGAACGUUACCUCAUUGGCCGAAUUGGUCCCAAAUCUUUCCGAAUGUACCGUUGUAUUGUUCGAAAUGGCUAUAAAGAUGUGUAUAGCCACGAAAAUGAUUUUGAAAAUGACCUAGUGAUGAGCAUAGCUGAAUUCAUUCAAUUGGAAGCAGAAGGUGCCUCUGGAAAUGCAGAGGGUUCAGUGGAUGGACGGAUGGCAGUGGUUAGGACAUCAGGGAAAUUUGGGACACGAUUGCUUAUGUCCGAAUCUCCUGCUUUUGAGGAACGCAACAAUAUUAAUCUUCCUGGAGCUUUGACUGUCACUAGCAGUAAAUCCCCGACAUUGAAGAGGCUGCAGGCAAUGUACGAGCAGGAGUCACCUGAACUCAACACUGGACGGCGAAUUCGAUUUGAGUUGCAAAAUGUAAUAUAUAAAGACCCACGUGUCAAGGAAGAACUCAUGGAACUUGUAGAAGCCAAGCGCAUUGGAGCAGCGUAUGUAAUAGGUCAUUCUCACGUAAAGGCCAAGUGGAACUCAUCAUUUAUAAAGAAGUUUGCUAUCAACCUCUACUCUUUUCUGCGGAAAAAUUGUCGGUCUCCUGCAGUGGGUCUAAACAUUCCUCAGAUUUCUCUGAUUAAGGUUGGAAUGAAUUACCAUGUGUAGCAUGAAUCGGUGACAAUGUUUUGACUGGGGAUGUAAUUUAUGCAAGCAAGAAUACACUACUUUGGGAGAUUCCACUUGAAUGGGUUUCACUCAAGAAUUUCCUCUUUGUGUGUUUGAAGAAAUACCGGCAUCAAAUUGCCAACAUCUUUUGAUUUUGUAUGGGCCUGGUGAGGUAUCUAAAGUAUUGAAUUGGUUGACAAAGAAGUUUUGUGCAGGGUCCUAUACCUGUUUGUUGUCUUAUAGCCAAAUUGCCCUUUGGAAUCACGUCUGUCUUGUGAGUUUCGCUGUAGAUUUCUGGAACAUAACUUCGCAUGUAACUUCUACUGCUGCCGCCCUUUUGUACUUGUACAAAAGUUUGUUCUGUUUUUUUUUUUUCGAUCUUCUUAGGGAAAACAGGGAAAUGAAUUGUAUUUAGAACGGAGCCAUACCUUAACUGAUAACAUGUCACUUGCCCCAGCAUGUCGUCCAAUGACGAGCUUGAUUUUGGUUCUUUGAUUUAUUUAUCAAAUUUUGCUACUGA